AUGCCGAAACACAUUUCAAUACUUGAAAAUUCUAUUGAAGUCAUUCUAACUGCAGAAUAUGCCAAAUUAUACUGUCCGAAUUCCCAAUCGCCUGAAGUGGACAAUAAUGGUGCCAUAAAGCAAUGUUUGCCAGGACGCGAAGAAUUAUGUGGACCAGGAUAUUCCUGCUAUUUUUCGGGAACAAAUUAUCAAUGUUGUCCAACUGAGGAAGAAAUUAAUUUGGAUUCCAUUCUUGAAUGCCCCUCACCUAGUAUUACAAUACUUACAGAUGCUGGCUUACCCCUCAUUUGCACUCCCAGUCUUCACGACUGCCCACAGAGUUCUAUGCAAUGUCUUAACGUCGGGAAGCAUUCAAUAUGUUGUGAAGGAUUAGCAUCCAUCAACGAAGAAUCUCAUCAUGCUCUUUUAUCAAGGGAAUUAAAUUCUCCGGAUGAGACAAUUCUGUCAACUGCAUUGAGUAACGAACUUUUCAAUGUGCCAAAUUUAGAAUGCCCGGAACCUGCCUUCACCAUACUUGAUGGCAAUGGAGAUCCGGUAUCAUGCAGUGAGGAAGACUGUGCUCAUCAAGCAGGACGUUUUUGCUACAAACCGCAGAAUACACCAAUAUGCUGUGAAGGUGAAGAAAGGACAAUUGAUGAUGAUGCUCUGAUUAAGAAAAUCUUACACGGAAAUAAGCACCAGAAAGAAGGAAACAUCGGAUGGAGUGUGCUAAAAUAUACACCAUUAACAACCGCUCAGCGUCAGCUGCAGCAGAAUAAGCAAUCACAACAAAACGACAAUCGUUUAGGAUUUGACGGAUCAAAUGUCGUUAGAUCAUUAAUUCUCGAUGGAAGCGCUUCUGAAGCAAACCAAACUAAUUUGGAGUCAAAUACGAAUGGAUUAGUGAGGAAUACUGGAGAUCAACAAUCAACUGUACUUGCUAAUGCGCAGACAUUACAGACGACUACUACUACUUCGACUACAACUACAACCACAACUACAGCAAUAAGUACUACCACAACAACAACAACAGUAAUCACUUCAACAACACCAGAAUCAAAUCAUCAAAGCUUGCCAACGUUACCUGGAGAACCCCAGGAAGAUAAAAUUGAAACAAUUCGAUAUAAGCCGCACAAUGCCGGAGGAUAUGCUAUUUCACAAGCAUUUUCAUCAAAAGUUCGUCGCGCACCAAAUGAUUUGCGGGCUUUGGCACGAGAAUAUCUUCUCGAACAUAUCCGACGUGGAUGGCCUUAUAGUGAUGGAUUUUACAGAACUCACGCCGCAGAGAAACGUCUACCCCCGUUGCCACGAAAGACGUUAAUACCCCUUAAGGAAAACGUAAAUCCGGAAGACCCCGAUACGUCCACCAUUGUCCACCAUGCAACGGUCAUAAUGCAACAGCACGUCACAAACUAUUUUAGCCAUUCGUUAAGCUGUUUGACUCGUAUCGUGCUUACUCGCAAGUUUUAAUUGGGUACAAGAAGUUCGAAGCAUCAAAUAAUGGGUAAUUCUGGGAGCAAAAUUAAUUUUCGCAAAGCAGUAAUCGAGCUUACAACGAAAAAAUCAAAGGUGGAAGAAGAUGCAUUUUGGGAAGAGUUAUGGGCUUCCAAUAUAAACAGUGCUGCAGAUGUUUUUGCAUUGAUCACAGCAGAUGAUGUCCGUUCAUUGCGUGAUAAUUCUCCAAACAAUCUGGCAACCCUGUGUUAUAAAACUGUGGAUCGAAUAACGGUAGCCUGUAACUCCCCAUCAACCAUAUCAUCAACAAAAGUGCUGAAUUGUAUACGACUUCUAACAAGAAUUUGUCCAUAUAUAUUCGAAGAUUCGGAUUGGAAAAGUUUUUUUUGGUCAUUACCACCGGCAGAAGAAAACGAGCAGUUUCCCCAUCAGCCAUUAGCAUGCACACUGAUAUCUGCGCUUACCGAUCUACUCUUUUGUCCCGAAUUCACUGUUUCAUCUCGAAGAAGCCAUCCGGAAGGCUCAGACGAUUUAGGUGCUAUUGACAGCUGCGAAUAUAUAUGGGAGGCUGGUGUUGGUUUUGCGACAAAACCACCGCAAACAGCAGAGCAUGAUCAGCGACGGACCGAAAUUCUCAAGCUUUUACUAACAUGCUUUUCAGAAGUCAUUUAUGUUCCAGUUAUUGAUGAAAACAGGAUGAGAUGGAUAGCGAGAUUUACAUCUGCAGAAAAUCGUCAUGUUCUACCGCUUUUUACUUCCCUGCUUAACGUAGUUUGUGCAUAUGAUCCGAUCGGUUAUGGCGUACCUUAUAAUUAUUUAUUGUUUACGGACAGCAGAGAACCGCUUAUGCAGAUUGCAUUACAAGUGCUUAUUGUGUGCCUGGAUAGUGAAGCACAAUCAUCCGAUAAGAAAAACGAGUAUGCUGACAAUUUUUUCAUUAAUUAUUUAUCAAGGAUUCAUCGCGAGGAAGAUUUUGAAUUCAUGUUGAAAGGCAUGACUCGCUUAUUGACAAAUCCAUUAGUUGCAACCUACCUGCCGGGUUCUACUAAAAAAAUAACAUGCCAUCAGGAGCUCCUCGUUUUGCUCUGGAAAUGCUGUGAAUACAAUCAGAAAUUCAUGUUUUAUUUAUUGAAAACAAGUGAUGUUCUGGAAGUGCUUGUUCCGAUAUUAUUUCACAUUAGCGCUUCUCGCAAUGAUCCAGCUCGUGUUGGUUUGAUACAUAUGGGUGUUUUCAUUAUUCUAUUGUUAAGUGGUGAACGAAACUUUGGUGUACGUUUAAAUAAACCAUACACUCCACGAGCAGCUAUCGACGUGCAAUCAUUUACUGGAACGCAUGCAGAUUUGCUUAUUCUUACAGGUUGCAAACUGUACAAAUAUCCAGUAUAUUUAUAUGAAAAGUGGGCUGUUGCAGGUGUUCCACAAGUUGAUAACCACGGGCAAUCACCGAUUACAGUCACUUUUCGAUUGCCUUUUAACAAUUAUUGUAAACG